AUGCCUCGAGCAGACGCUAAUGUUGACAUCCUUGUCAUCGGUGCCGGCCCUACUGGCUUAGGCGCCGCGAAGAGGCUGAACCAGAUCAAUGGUCCCUCCUGGAUGAUUGUUGACUCAAAUGAAGUCCCUGGUGGCCUGGCAUCGACUGACGUGACCCCUGAAGGCUUCCUGUACGAUGUUGGCGGUCAUGUCAUUUUCUCUCACUACAAAUAUUUCGAUGACUGCAUUGACGAGGCUCUCCCUAAGCCCGACGACUGGUACACUCACCAACGUAUCUCCUAUGUCCGCUGCAAGGAGGCCUGGGUGCCAUACCCUUUCCAGAACAACAUUUCCAUGCUUCCAAAGGAAGAACAGGUGAAAUGUAUCGAUGGCAUGAUCGACGCUGCCAUGGAGGCUCGUGUAGCCAAUACCAAACCUAAGGACUUCGAUGAGUGGAUUGUUCGCAUGAUGGGUGUAGGAAUUGCCGAUCUGUUCAUGAGACCUUAUAAUUUCAAAGUCUGGGCUGUUCCUACCACAAAGAUGCAAUGCGCAUGGCUCGGUGAACGUGUAGCUGCACCAAACCUCAAAGCUGUCACGACCAACGUCAUUUUGCAGAAGACUGCUGGAAACUGGGGACCCAACGCUACUUUCCGCUUCCCGGCCCGUGGUGGUACCGGUGGUAUCUGGAUCGCUGUUGCUGACACGCUCCCUAAGGAGAAGAAGCGCUUUGGUAAACAGGCUGCUGUUACUAAAGUUGAUGCUGCCAACAAGACUGCCACUCUGGCCGAUGGAUCAGUCAUUAAAUACCAGAAACUUGUUUCCACCAUGGCUGUUGAUGCCUUGGCUGAAUCCAUGGGUGAUAAGGAGUUGAUUAGUCUUAGUAAAGGACUCUUCUACUCCUCCACCCACGUCAUCGGUGUUGGCAUCCGAGGUGAACGCCCAGAGAGAAUUGGAGACAAGUGCUGGCUCUACUUCCCAGAAGACAACUGCCCCUUCUACAGAGCCACCAUUUUCUCCAACUACUCUCCAUAUAACUGCCCUGAAACCCCCACCUCCCUCCCAACCCAGCAGCUGGCCGAUGGCUCUAAACCCGCCGACUCCUCUUCCAAGCCUGGCCCUUACUGGUCGAUCAUGCUAGAAGUUUCUGAGUCCUCCCUCAAGCCCGUAAAUAACGAUAAAUUACUCGCAGAGUGCAUCCAAGGUCUUGUCAACACCUCCAUGCUCAAGCCCACUGACGAGAUUGUCUCUACCUACCACCGCCGCUUUGACCACGGCUACCCAACCCCAACGCUUGAGCGAGAGGGCGUUCUCACUAAACUUCUGCCCAAGCUCCUUGACCAGGGCAUCUAUUCCCGUGGCCGAUUCGGAAGCUGGAGGUAUGAGGUCGGUAACCAGGACCAUUCGUUUAUGCUUGGCGUUGAGGCUGUGGAUAACAUCAUCAACGGCGCUGUCGAGAUGACCCUUAACUAUCCUGAUUUUGUUAAUGGACGACAAAACACUGAGCGUAGGCUUGUCGAUGGUGCCCAGGUAUUUGCACUCAGAACCAAGAAUUGA